GGUGUCAGACGGAGACCGCAAACCAUGUACCGCAAGACGAGAAUUGUGGGCGGCAGACCAUCACUGCCUGGCGACUGGCCGUUUUUGGCAGCAAUUCUCGGUGGCCCGGAUGAGAUAUUCUAUUGCGCCGGAGUGUUGAUAUCCGAUCAGUGGGUUCUGACGGCAGCUCAUUGCACUGGCGGGAGGAAAAUCUUGGGCGACCUUUCAGAGUGGACCAUACAGCUGGGCAUGACGAGGAGACAUUCCCAUUCGUUUUUCGGGCGAAAAGUAAAAGUGGAAAAGAUCAUCAGACACGAAAUGUACAACAACGGACCCGUUCAACACGAUCAUGAUAUCGCACUUUUCAAGCUCAGCGAAAAGUUAACGUUCCACGAGUUUUUACUUCCAGUGUGUUUACCACCACCGAAGAUGGUUUUGAAAGCAAAUAUCAGCUGCACAGUCAUCGGAUGGGGUAGACGCAAUGGUCUCGAAGGAGCUGAUUAUGAACCGACAGUAAAUGAAGUUCAAGUUCCCGUGCUGGACAGAGAUUUGUGUAACGCGUGGCUAAAACAGAAGGACGUUAACAUYACUGAGGGAAUGAUAUGCGCUGGRUACGAGCAAGGUGGCAAAGACGCAUGUCAGGGUGAUUCGGGAGGUCCGCUGCUGUGCCCGAUGGAAGGAUACAAAGAUCGGUGGUUCGUGGGUGGCAUCGUCAGCUGGGGUGUGGAGUGCGCAACGCCCAGCUUGCCGGGUGUGUAUGUCAACGUACCCAUGUACACGGAAUGGAUCAAGAACAACAUACGCACCGACCAGUUGUUUUCGUCGACAGACGACGAUUAUUGAGAGCGAUUUUCCACGAGCAAAACGCGAUCGGCUUUCAUCCCUCCGUCGAUCCGAUCCCCAUGUCCCCUCAUCACCUAUACUUCUUAAUUAAAGCUGAAAUUUUGUCUACACCAUAAUCUACAGUGAUUAUCGUUCUUGGGUUUCCCCAACUGGAAAAUACAAUAUCAACGAAAAACUUUAAAAUAUUUAGGUACCCACCGUUUAGUAGUGCACUUUUGACUUUCGUCGAGCAAACAGAAGUAUUUAAUACACCACCGCGACCAUUAUAAUAAUUUUACAUUUCAUAAAAUAGUUUUAUAAUUGAUAAUUAUUAUAAUUAUAUAAUAUUCCACGUCGAACUUUUGUGAAUUUGAUCCAUUUGAUUCGAAAAAUAUGUAAAAAAAAAUACAAUAAUAAUAAUAUUACAUUUUAACUUCUCGAGAUGGCCUGUAUGACGACCGUUGUAAUAUUAUUAUCGUUUUAUAGGUAUAAUUUUAUAUAAAAUGCCGCAAAAAAAACCCGCGAUUUACAUAAUAUUUUUUGUUCGUCUAAAUAUAGGUACAAUUGAAACGGUUUAAGUACUUAGCUAAUAUAGGUUUUCUAGAUGCGACAUGUUAGUUUCAUAUUGUUAUACGCAGACGAUGUGAUGGCUGUAUAUAUGAAUAUAUGAUAAAUGAAAAUAAUAUUUCGGAAAUUUUUAAGUUGAUCAAUUUUCUCACAAUACUAUUGGAGCUUAUAUGUAAUAUUAUUUAAAUUUCGUGGAUUGCGCUACCAUAUUAUAUCUAUGUUAUAUGAAAUUUAUUUUGAUACAAUAUUUUCAGACGUAUCAUUUGCACUGUCGGUACAUCAUAAUAUUUGUUUAAAAUUAUGUAUUCGAUGAAAUAUGUCUUAAAACUUUUAUAGUGAGCGUACAACACUGUAUACGUUUAAAAAAUGUGGCACGGACAAUCAUAGUCAUCCGUCCAACAUCAUAGUCCUGAUUUUUCAUAAAAUGUGGUUUUAAUUUGUUUGGAAUUUUAACUYAAAUUUACGACAAUAUAGUAUAGUAGGUAGUUAUAAUACGCAAACACUGUCCGACUUCUCGGAAACAAAAUAUUCAUACUAAUAAACCUAGGUAAUCACAAUUUUCCAAAUGGUUUUUAAUUUCAUCCAGUAUAGUUUUACCCAAAGGUGGGUAUUAACUAAUUAAAAAGUUAAAGUUAAGUUAAGCAGUUAAUUUUUUUAACUUUUYAACUUAACUAGUUGGUUUAUU